ACCGUCAAUGCUUAUCGUAUCCGGUGGGGCUUUAGGGUUUUGCUGUGUUAAAGACAGGUACUCGCUCUAUUUGUCUAUUCUUAAUCGAGAAAAAACCAUGACUGCCGAGACCCAGGAAGAGCUUGCUGCUCAGCUCGAAGCUCAGAAGAUCCUCGAGUCUGAUAAGCCUGUGGCCGAGGAUGUGGUUGAGGAUGACGAUGAUGACGAUGAUGAGGAAGAUGAUGAUGAUGACAAGGAUGAAGAUGAAGCUGAAGGGCAACAAGAUGGAGAUGCAAGUGGCAGGUCAAAGCAAAGCAGAAGUGAAAAGAAGAGCAGAAAAGCAAUGUUGAAGCUUGGAAUGAAACCUAUCCCUGGUGUUAGUCGUGUCACUGUCAAAAAAAGCAAGAAUAUCUUGUUUGUUAUCUCAAAACCGGAUGUUUUCAAAAGCCCAACUUCAGACACUUAUGUUAUCUUUGGGGAGGCUAAGAUUGAAGACUUGAGCUCACAACUACAAACUCAGGCUGCAGAGCAGUUCAAGGCUCCUGAUCUUAGCCAUGUGAUUUCCAAGCCUGAGACUUCAACCAUGGCUCAAGAUGACGAAGAGGUGGAUGAAACUGGAGUUGAGCCAAAGGAUAUUGAAUUGGUGAUGACACAAGCAGGAGUCUCUAGGUCAAAGGCGGUCAAGGCUUUGAAGGCUGCUGAUGGAGACAUUGUUUCUGCCAUAAUGGAGCUUACCAAUUGAUAGGAGCCUUGCGGAAAUUGUUAUGUGAUCUGGUGGCAUUAUUAUUAUGGUUCUUCAUACUGUUUGAUCUGAAAUCAGGAAUUUUUUGCCCCCCCCCCCCCCAAAAUUUGCUAUUUUCAUAUGGAUUUGCUUCUGUUGUAUUACUGAACAAUUAUGAAAUGCAUCUUUGGGUGAUAAAGUUGAGUUCCCAUUUCUUUAA